AUGGUCGAAUACGCUGGACCGCCUAGACCCACGGCUGGCAAAAUUCGUCUUCCCACUGCAGAUGCUGAAGAUUUAGUCUUUGACGAUGACGAAUGUCCAAUCGUAUACGCGAAUAUCUUCUCGCGACUUACCUUUGGUUGGAUCACACCUUUGAUGCGUCUUGGGAAACGACAAUACCUCACGGAGGCCGACCUUUGGCGCUUGCCUCGAUCUGAUCAAGCCGAAGUUCUUGGUCAGCGCUUGGCGAAGCAUUGGCAUACCCAACUUGAUUCCAGGAAGCCAUCACUCCUCAUUGCCGCUGCACGUGCCUAUGGCCUACCUUACAUCACGGCCGCAGUGUUCAAACUCACACAGGAUGUCCUACAGUUUGCUCAACCACAACUUCUUCAACGACUUCUCUCUUUUGUCGACUCUUACCGCUCUGGCAAUACCCACGAACCUGCCUCGACUGGCUAUCUAAUUGCUCUCAGCAUGUUUGCAUGUGGGCUUGUCCAGACUGUGCUACUGCAUCAAUACUUCCAACGCGUCUUUGUGACUGGGAUGAGGGUACGAAGUGGCUUAAUCGGUGCGGUGUACGCCAAGGCGCUUGUCCUCUCUACGUCCGCUGGAGGUGGACGAGCGACGGGUGAUAUUGUCAACUUGAUGUCCACGGACGUGAGCAAGGUUCAAGAUUGCUGUUCAAAUGGUCUCAUCAUAUUUUCAGGACUUUUUCAACUCGUCUUGGCCUUCGCCAGCUUGUAUCAAAUGCUUGGUUGGCCAAUGUUAGGCGGUAUUGCGGUCAUAUUCUUGAGUAUGCCUUUGAAUACUAUAUUGAUUCGGAUUCAAACCAAACUUCAGAAACAACAAAUGUCCAACAAGGAUCGCCGCACUCGUCUUAUGAGUGAGAUUCUCAAUAACAUGCGUUCUAUCAAGCUAUACGUCUGGGAGUCAGCUUUCUCUAGGAAGAUGUACGAGAUUAGAAACAAUCUCGAGCUAGUGCUUUUGCAGCGUACAGGUUACAUGAUCAGCGCGACUACUACUCUAUGGAGCUUUAUCCCCUUUCUCGUCGCUUUUGCAGCCUUCAGUCUUUUCGCACUUACCAGCUCAGCACCUCUUACCCCAGCAUUAGUCUUCCCGGCUAUCUCUCUAUUUCAGCUCCUUCAAUUCCCGCUUGCUGUUUUACCCAUGGUCAUCAAUCAAGCAGUACAAGCUUACGUGUCUCUGGGUCGGCUUCAUGAAUUCCUGACGAGUCCUGAACUUCAAACCGAGGCAAUUCUCCGGAAACCCGUCUCUGAGGAUUCACCGGCUAUCAUUAUCGAGAAUGCCGACUUUGCAUGGUCGCCUUCUUCGUCUGAAAUUACACUCAGUCAGAUCUCAAUGUCUGUUCCACGCACCUCAUUGGUAGCUGUCGUCGGGCGUGUGGGUUCAGGAAAAUCUUCUUUACUGGCUGGCCUAUUAGGUGAGAUGACCAAACGAACCGGCAAGAUUGAGAUCUCAGGCAGUAUCGCCUACGCAGCUCAAGCACCUUGGCUACUAUCCGCCACUAUACGUGAAAAUAUCUUGUUUGGCGCACGCUAUAAUGAAGAAGCCUAUCAACGCGUCAUACAUGCAUGUGCACUUGUCGAUGAUCUUGCUAUGUUAGCCGAUGCCGAUGAGACAGAGGUUGGAGAACGUGGUAUCAGCUUGUCCGGUGGUCAGAAAGCUCGAAUCUCGCUUGCUCGAGCAGUAUAUGCACGCGCGGACAUCUAUUUACUCGACGAUCCCCUCAGCAGUGUUGAUGCUCAUGUUGCUCAACAUUUAUUCGAGCACGUCAUUGGUCCCAAUGGGUUGUUAGCCGGAAAGACUCGAGUACUUUGUACCAACGCCAUUCAAUUCUGUCAAGAUGCCGAUGAGUUACUCCUACUUCGAGACAAUCGCAUAGUCGAGCGAGGCUCUUAUGACGCGGUCCUCAAGCUCGAUGGUGAAUUGAAGAAACUUAUCAAAGAUUUUGGAAAAUCCAGCACUGUGGACAAAAGCCAAGACACUGAAGAGCCUUCUUCAACUGGAUCUAGUUCUACAGCUACAUCCUCUCUUCAGCUUGAAGAUUCAAAGGUCAAAGAAGGUUUCCAAAGGCGUGCCUCGAUCGUUCCAACGGCGGAACGAAAACGUGAGGCACUGAGAGCCUUGAGAGAUGGUACUGGAUCUAAGAAGAUUCGUGAACAGCAAGCUACUGGAUCCGUCAAAACGAGUGUUUAUCGUCAAUACAUGCGUGCUAAUGGUAUCACUCCUAUUUCGAUAUACCUACUUUCGAUUGUGAUUCAACCGGUAUUCCAAAUGUUAACAUCAUUGUGGCUCAAGUAUUGGAGUACUGCAAACGUCAAAGUAGGUGAAAUGAGGCACAUAGGCUAUUAUCUCGGGGUGUAUGCUUUACUCGGUACCUCGACCAGUCUCUUAGCCUUCAUCAACGGGAUCACCUUAUACGCCUUUUGUGUGAUUCGAAGUUCAAAGAAGAUGCAUGAUGGGAUGUUUGAGUGCGUGAUGAGAGCUCCGAUGUCAUUCUUUGAUACUACGCCUGUCGGUACAAUUUUGAAUCGGUUUUCAAGAGAUAUUUUUGUGAUCGAUGAAGUCCUGGCAAGGGUACUUGGUGGAUUUUUCCGCACAGUUGCAGGCGUGGUUACGGUGGUAGCGGUGGUCUCUUGGACUGUGCCACCGUUUUUGUUCAUCUGUAUCCCACUACUAUUGAUCUACAAACAGAUCCAAUCUUAUUAUCUUGCCACCUCGCGUGAGCUCAAAAGGAUUGACGCCGUUACCAAAUCACCAAUUUUCGCAAUGUUUGGCGAAACCUUGAACGGUUUGGCUACUAUUCGUGCUUUUGGUCACCAGAAUCGAUUUGUUAGUGAGAACGAUGGUCGAUUGGACCGAAACCAAGAAGCAUAUUUUGGUUCAAUUGUAUCCAACAGGUGGCUUGCUGUUCGGUUAGAGUUGAUCGGAAGUCUAAUGAUCGUUUCUGCUGCUGCAUUAGCAGUCAGUGGGGUCAUUGCGAACGCCAACGGAUUAGAUAGUGGGAUGGUAGGAAUCUUGAUGUCAUAUGCACUUUCGAUUACCCAGUCUCUUAAUUGGUUAGUCAGAAGUGCGACAGAAGUGGAAACGAAUAUCGUCUCGUGUGAACGUGUACUUGAGUAUUCCAAAAUCGCGCCUGAAGGUUUGAAUGAGAAGAAUCAAAACUUAGAACCUGAACCUGAAUGGCCUAGUCGUGGGGAAAUCUGCUUUGAAAAUGUGGAAGCACGUUAUAGACCUGAGUUAGACUUGGUUUUGAAGGGUGUAAGUUUUACAGCCAAAGCUGGCGAGAAAGUCGGUAUUUGUGGUCGAACGGGUGCUGGGAAAUCAACUAUCACGCUAUCACUCUUUAGGUUGAUCGAACUCGCUAGUGGACGGAUCACGAUUGAUGGGGUCGAUAUCAGUACGCUUAGUUUAAGUGGACUAAGGAGUCGAAUGUCGAUCAUACCACAAGACUCUCAGUGUUUUGAAGGCACUCUACGUGAGAAUUUGGAUCCAUCUGGGAUCGUAUCUGAUGAAAAGCUAUGGCAAGUACUAGAAUCUGCUCGGCUCAAAACACACGUUCAAACCAUGCAAGGUGGAUUGGAUGCCCGAGUAGACGAAGGAGGUACUAAUCUAAGUCACGGACAACGUCAACUAAUGUGUCUAGCAAGAGCAAUGGUUGGAAAAGGAAGUGGCGAGAGUGGAGUAGCAAAAGUGGUGGUGAUGGAUGAGGCUACUAGUGCAGUUGAUGGACAUACUGAUGGGGAGGUUCAGGAAGUGAUCAGAGAGUGUUUUGGAAAUAGUACAUUGGUGGUGAUCGCGCAUCGAAUCAAUACGAUUAUGGAUUGUGAUCGAGUGAUUGUUUUAGGUAAUGGAAAGGUUAUUGAGAAUGGAUCACCUACUGAAUUAUUAAAAGAUCGAGAAGGUGCAUUUUAUGGACUUUGUUCACAAGCUGGAAUAUCAGUUUGAAAAUCGUUCAGUUUUGAUCUAUUUUGAAGCAUGUUGAAGAAGAAAAGUUUUGUAGUGUAGUGAGUACAAUUGGUCAUUUUGUUUUACAUUGUUGUUUUUGUGUUAAUUUACAAGUAGAGAUUAGUAGGAAAUAUGUUGUUAUGAUCAAUUUACGUGGUUUGAAUGAAUUGUUGACGAGAUGCAAAAGAAUCUUUAGUUUGUAUUU